AUGCCGUCGCAAAUUGGGAAGGAAUGGGAGGAGGGGGCGGGCGUGAGCUCGUCGCCACCCAGCGUCCACCACGACCUGCGCCAUAGGAUAUUCGAGUGCCUGCUAGCGGCCGGCAAACAGGGGAAGUCUGACCCUUCGUCGUUUCGGGACAUGCUCUACGCCCACUUCGACAAGCUGCCGUACAGGUACCUGAUAGACAUUGGUGUACAUAGAGCCGAAGACGUGCUGCUCCACCGGCGGGUCCUGGACGAGGUCGCUGACGGCAACCGCCCCGUCUUUAAAGCACGCUUCCUAGAGUACAUUCAAGUUCAAACGAGCCGUGGUGGUACCUAUCCUGACAGUAAUGAUCCAACACAAAGCUUAUCACUGGAAGACCUCACUUUGGAAAAGAUACAUGGCGCCGACCACACGGGCUAUAUGUCUUCCCCGUUAAGGGAUUCAGAACCUAUUUUGCUUCAUGAGAUCAUCUUCUCUUCCUUUGACAAGCCCAAGCUCCUUACGCGGCUAAGCGCAUUGCUAUCUGAAGUUGGCCUUAAUAUUCGUGAAGCUCAUGUCUACUCCACAACAGAUUACUUCUGUUUGGCUCUUUUUGUUGUUGAUGGGUGGGAGACAGAGGAGACAGAUACGUUGAUCAUGGCAAUUAAGGAUACGUUAGCAAGAAAAAAUGGAGCACAAUCUAAGUCCGCGAGUACUUCUUCCUCGGGAAAAAUACUUGAGCUACGACAACAGGUUGGAGAUUGUGGAAUCGACUGGAGCAUGCUAACAAUGACGGAAAAGAUUGCAUAUGGGUCUUAUGCGGACUUAUAUAGAGGAACAUACAGUGGCUAUGAUGUUUGUAUAAUGAUACUCAGAAUUACAGCUUACAACAGCCCUUCAGAAGUUAACUUCUUGCAGCAAGCACUCAUUCUAAGGAGAGUUAAUCAUGAAAACAUCCUUAAAUUUUAUGGGACAUGCACAGGUCAUCUUAAGUGUUCUGGCAUCGUAACAGAAUACAUGCCUGGAGGGAAUUUAUAUGAGUUUCUGCACAAUCAAAAUGAUGUUUUAAGCGUCCUUCUCGUUCUUAAGAUUGCUAUCCAAAUCUCAAAAGGAAUGGAAUAUCUGCACCAGAAUAGCAUAAUCCAUAGAGAUUUGAAGACUCCAAACGUUCUGCUAGGCUACAAUCAAGUUGUGAAGAUUGCUGGCUUUGGUGUGGCUGAACAUGGUAAUCAGGACGGACAAAUGACUGCUGAAACUGGAACUUACAGAUGGAUGGCACCCGAGAUUAUUAACCAUAAACCAUAUGAUCACAAAGCGGAUGUAUUCAGCUUUGGUAUUGUUCUAUGGGAACUGGUGACAUUAAAGGUCCCUUAUGAUGACAUGAUGCCUUUGCAAGCCGCAUUGGCAGUAAGGCAGGGAUUCCGCUUAGAGAUCCCACCAAGCGUGCACCCAGGUUUGUCGGGACUGGUUGAACUGUGCUGGGAUGAAGAUCCUGAUGCACGACCAGUUUUUGCGGAGAUCAUCGGUCGACUUGAGGAAAUCUCACGCCAAGUUUAGGCAGAGCUGGAAUUCAUCAAACCCCACUUUUGUACAAACAACCGGUCUGGACUCGCUGGAGCCGCCCAAGGGAAGCCAUCGACGUUUUAAAGCGAAAAUGGAAAAGAAAUCUUAACGUUAGAGAGGAAAAAAUACAAAACAUUAUCAUA